GUUUACUUAAUAUAUAAGAGAAUAUAACUUUACUUUAGAGAAUUAACCAUUUUAGGAAUUAAUCAUCAACGAAUGCAUAAAUAAUAAAUAUUUGGAUCUGCUUUUUUUUUUACUGAAAUACCUACAAUGGUAGAGGAAAGACCCCUGGACAGACCGUGGUUGACUUUUUUUGUGUUUGUUACUUCUUUUGUGGGAUUUGUAUUGGAAGUGAUUGCUUUCGCAUAUCUAUUCCUAGGGUUGUGUGAAAACGUUCCAGAUGAUAGGGCAUAUUGUAAAGUGGAUAACGACUCUUUGCAUGAUGAUGACGAUAGCAAUGACGAGUCAGAAGGUGUACUAUCUUACAGAGGGUAUCACCUUUUUGUAGGAGUUACAGUUUUUUUAGAACUUUUCGCUGUCAUCAAGGUAAGCUGCAAAAUCUACUGCUGUGUUAAAAAUGUAUGGGUGCCUCGUUGUGCAAAGACGUGGCGAUGUUGCUAUUGUUGUGGAAAUUAUUGGUUUGUCAUGGCAGGUCUAGGUGUUUGUCUCAAUAUACUUUGCAUAAUUUCUGUGUGUAUGGCAGUCCCAUUUAGUGACAUGAUGGAUUAUAUUGUCGGCUUCAGGAUUGUUUUUGCGAACGUUUGGUUUGGAUUUGUAAAGCUCACUAUUUGGACCGCUUACUCGGUAUAUAGAAAAAGCUGUUGCCCGGAUCAGGCGUAUUUCCUCGGAUCAAAUAGAAGUUUGUCAACCUGCGGGAUAAUGACAAUACAUGUAUCAGCAGAAGUUAAUGCUACGAGAAGACCAGACGGUAUGGAGGUGACAGUUGAUAAAUUGGAAACAAUGAGAAUAGAAAAGAUUUAGUACGUUUUGUGUAUCGGGCACUAUUGAUUAAUUUGGCUAUUACAUAUUUAGUGCAAGUACACUGUUUAUAAGCUUUUUAGCCAGGUAAUGGCAUGUUCAGUACCAAUACAUGUUUUGUGCCUUUAUAUAUUUGUAUAUUGAUUUAUAUUGAUUUUGUUUACAGUGCAUCAACAUUGUUAAGGUCAAUUGGUGAAAUUCCAGCAUAACUGUUGGAGGAAGACUUCAGGUGCCCCUCUGUGUAUUAUUAAGACACAGCGGGCACCUUAGCAUAACCAUCUACUUUUCCUUACAUGAAAUAUUCUUAAUUUCCUGUCAUGAUUUGAACCCACAGCGGUGAGGGGCAAGUUGUUUGCAUUCAACGACUUUAUCCACUCUGUCAAAGACGCAUCUCCCAUGUUGAUAUGUCCCAAUGUGUUUCAAAGGGUGAAAGUGCCAUAAUCUGUGGGUUUUUCUCUCUCUUUUUUUGUUUGGUAGAGGUAAAGUAAAAAUUUGAAUAACUUUUUUAUAUGUCAUGAUAACUGCGCAAUGUAUAUCUGCGAUUGUCUUUUUUUUUCUUUAUUUUUUAAAUUGACGGAGAUUGUAUAAAUUUCAAUUCUAAAGAGAAAUAAGAAUUUCAAAAUUUUAAUCAUUGUAUCAGUAAAAUGAUACAUUUUUGUACCAUAUUGAAUGUCUGUAUUGUACUAGUCUUGUUUUGACUUAAUGUUAUAGAAGUACUGGAAAACGAUUUUAUUUAAUUUAGAAAACACACAAGUCAAGUCGAUUUUUUAUGAAACCAACAGAAAGCAGUUUCUAGACUCCGUUAUAUUUUGGCAGAGAUUUUCAGACAGGUCUUUGUCACUGACAAAAUGAAAAGGCCAAACUCACCGCAGCGGUUACGUCCUCAGAUCAGUAUAGCAAUUUAAUCAUUACCACAAGUAAAAGGUGACCGUCUCAGACCUGAGUAUAUUUUUUUUCACUUUUAAUUUUAAAUUAAAUAGUUACUUUCUCGCACUUAAGAUUUAUUUCAUUUAGUAAAAAAAAAUAUUUAAGUUCGAUUGCGAAACAAGUUCAUGCAAAUUAUGUAAACCAUUUUUCGUGUCCACUCACCUGAUCAAGAAAUGCUAAAGUGUCAAUGGCUGUACAUGUUUUGGACUUGUAAACACCCUGGUCGUCUCUAUAUGACAAAAUUUUCAUUAAAUUCUUGCAAGAGUGUUUCAGUCUUAGAUAAUACGAAUUAUCAAGAUGGGGAAAAACUUUGAGAUCAGGUGAAUCGAUUUAAAACCAUGUUAGCAAGCCCGAAACCACAUUGUUAUAAAUGCUUAAUACAGUUGCGCAUGUGUCUAUUUUGAUGACGUUUAAUAUCAGCUGCAAAUAUAGAUGAUAUCAAAAAUGACGAGUUUUUGCAGAAACAUCUCGAGAUGUUGCCCAAGCCAGUGUCUUAUCCCCGUAACUAACGAGUUACAUUUAUUAUAACUUUUCUAUCGCAAAGUCAUAAUUUUUUAACAGAAAUCAGCAAAAUAUUAUCAUGUUCACUGCUUUUUCCUCUGUUUUUAUUUCGUUUCAAUAUUUUAUAUGUAAACCCUAGAAAUAAUGACCAAUACUAUCUAAUUAAUCUUUGUUUUUGCAACUGGAAAUGUGUGAUACCCCCAAAUUCAAUAUGUGUUAAAAACGCACUGAUACAUACAACGUGCAAAAGAUACUUAACUGUUAUAUUUUAUUUUCCUAUAUGAAAAAAAAACGAAACAAAAAACUAUACUGUUAUAUAUCAAUACAGUUUUUAAAUCCACACUGAAAGUUAGUAAGAACAAAGAGAAGGUUCCUAACCAUGCGAUAAGUCAAAUCAUGGCUAAUUUUGUUGAAAUUAUUAUGAUGAAUUCACAUAGUAUUACUUUGUAUUUGAUUAGAUCUCCUGCUCACUUUGUUGAAAUGCUGUUUCAUUGAUAACACAGAGUCUGAUUCGAACGUUCGUUAUCUGAGUCAAAUAAAUACAAAUGACAUAAAUUAUAACAAAUUUUAAAUUUAUAUUUUAUUAUAGAUGUAACUCACAUUCUAUUGAGCAAGUGAUAAAAGUUAUCCAAUGUCAACUUUAGGAUAGAACUAAUAUAAAAAAAAGGUUUAAAACGGAAGUGCACGUUUGUGUUUAUAUAAAUCUUUACAAGCAUAUAUCAUCAAUAGUAGUUUGAAAUUUGCGGUUUUACCAAAAAAAAAAAAAAAAUA